GCUGCCACUUGUGGCGACACUGGAGACGUGCCUACACGCGAGAUACAGACGCUCCUCUGGAAAACUUUCUUAGAGGGAAAUUCCUUGGCGCAUUUAUUGGACAUCCAUAUUUUGCUCUCACGAACAAACCUUUAAAAAAAAAAAACGGAUCCAGUCAUGUUGAUGCGAUGCGCCGCGCGUUGCGUCCUACCGGUUUGGCUCUCGCUGCUUGGAUACGUUUACGCGGGGCCGAUCGUCCUCAACUCCAACGCAAUUAAGAACUUCGUAACUGUCAGCCCCAGUCCGCGCACCUCAUCGCCUGGGAGCGUGAGUCACAAAUUUCCCGUGGACGCCUUGCAGCAGUCAGGUGUUUGCACGGACGACGACGACUGCGGCGAGGAGGACUUCUGCAAUGACGCCCGGAGUGUGUGUCUGCCGUGCCGCAAGAACCGGAAGCGUUGCGCACGGGACUCCAUGUGUUGCUCCGGGACCCGCUGCAGCAACGGUGUUUGCCAGACGAAUGACAUUGAUGGACCAGGCUGGCAUUUACACAACGACACCAAGGAGCACCAUGCCACGAAGCCCCUCACUAUCCUUGAAGCUCAUACAGUAAAAGGUCAGGAAGGGGACACGUGCCUGCGCUCGGCCGACUGCUCGGAGGGCCUGUGCUGCGCCCGCCACUUCUGGUCUCGCAUCUGCAAGCCGGUGCUGAGCGAGGGCCAGGUGUGCACGCGCCACCGCCGCAAGGGCACCCACGGCCUGGAGCUCUUCCAACGCUGCGACUGCGGCGACGGCCUGGCGUGCAGGCCCGAGAGAGGCGAGCAGCAGCAGCAACAACAGCAGCAGCAGCACGCCGUCAGCAGGACGUCGGCACGGAACCUACACACCUGUCAGAGACGCUGACGUGCGCACUCACAUACACCCACGCACAUACACACACAGGUCACAGACACUGAUACACGCACACACACGCAUAUGCCAUCACCCAAGACUUUCUUUCCUGCCAACGCUGCUGACAGCGAGACAGCGCCAGGAAGUAAAGAUGCGCUUCCUGAGAAAAGUGAUAUACCCGCACAGAUGAUGGACUUGCCUGUGAAUGGAUGAGAGGGGAUGUAGAAAGGAAGGGGAGGAGGGGGUCCAGAUCAAUUGUCCAUGGCGGUUAAUGGCAGAGCUGUUUUUUUUGUUUCUGUUUUUAUGGAACUUGAAGCCUCGGUUAUUGCAGUAAAUUACUGUAUUGUGAAUGACGGCUGGGGAACCUACGUACCAGAGAAUUUAAGUGCAGCAAACAUUUAAAACACAAUUAAUAUAUAUAAUAAAAGCGUGAAUGUUUGUCACAAGGGGAUAAGUAUUCAGACUCAACUGAAAUCAUACCACAAAUUAGAAUCUGAGAUGGCUUUUCAUGUCCCGAAGUGUAAUUUUGAAGAUGAAAUAUACACAUUUUUUUUGUUUAGCAUGGAUUUUACCAUGCGUGGUAAUUUAUAACUAUGAUGUUUCACAAAAAAAUCAUCCACCUGUUGCUGACCCUAACCUUUAAUUCAUAAGUAUUAUAUUGUGAUGUGCUAGAGAUAAAAAAUGAGGCCAGACCCGAAAAUAUUUACAUGCAUCUCUGAUUAAUACAAUUUCACGCCUGCCUCGAAUCACAUUUGAACUUAUUAAAACAGACAUUUCCAAAUAUUCCUUAGCACCUGUUUUCACUCGUACUGCCUAUCAAAAAACAUCACUUGGUGGAAAAAAGAUACCCAGAUCAAAUUUCUUUGUCAUUCCUAGUUAAAUUUUACCCUAACACUGACACCAAACAAAAGCGGAUUAAGCAACAAACCACAACUUAGCUUAAUGCUAACAUAUCAUAUAAAACGCCAUAGACAGGUUCAUGAAAUUAGCAUCGGUUUUCCCAAAAAGGUUCCUCAGCCUGGUUGUAAAUAGUACUCUUGAGCUCAACACCAGUAUUAUAACAACACGGUGCCGCAUGCAUUGUAAAUGUGUUACAUAUUGUUUUGUAAGAAAACGGUAUCUAUAUUGAGAGUGUGAAUGUUUUAUUAAACACUACUCUUAAUAACC